UAAAAGUCCAGAUACAGAAGUGAACAUAAAUAUACGAGUACAUACCUACAUACAUACAUAUAUACAUAUGUAGUCAAGUAGCACCAAGUAAAGAAGCCAUUGAAGUGUUGGUACAUAAGUAACAUACAUACUCGUAAAUAAAAUUUAAUAAGAAAAAUUGCAAAAAGCGACUUAAAAAAUUAUAUUUAGAGGUAAUAAAAACGUCAUACUCUUAAUAUGAGGAUAAGCGUGAAAAGUGUGUCAGGUUUGCUGGUGCUGCUGAUCUUGGCUCUCAUCUGCCACCUUACGGAAGUUGAUGCUGCUCCUUAUCAAGAGUUACCACCACGUCCUGGACAUAUACCGGUGUAUAUUCGCGAAGGUAAUCAGCCGCUAAGCGAGAUUCAUCCAGGCUUGGCUGAGGCAUUUCAUGAACUAGAACAACUUGAUCAAAAAGCAGCGGUGACCAACUCAGAAACAAGCAAUAUCGUUAAGGAUCAAGCGGAUGGGAUCAAAGAUCAAAAGGACACCAGUGCAUUAAUUAAUGCUUUACGGCUCCCAGAGAGUGAUAUAGCUUCGCUGGAUGAGGUAAUAAAUGCCGAAGAUAAAGCAGAAGAUGAAGAAUAGAAAGUUGAU